UUUAUCGUCACAAAAGUUUACACGAAUCGCCCGCCGGACUCCCGAGAUUUGCGCCGUCGUCGCCGCCACCGCCGCCGGACCGACCAAACACGACCAAUUAAUGCUCAUGCCGCGGGUGCGUUGAACGAUCGUCGCCAUCCACCACAUAAUAAUAUUAUAUCAUUCAAAUAUUAUCACCAUUAUUAUUUUAGCAGCGCCGACCGUUUUUUCGAUAUCUUGUAGCGGACCGACGAAAAGAUAAACGACGACAUCACAACAUAAUACGUAUUAUUAUAGAUCGAUUUCCGUCGAAAACGCAAAUCGUUCGGUUUUUGUUUUUCGUUCCGUUUCGCCUUAUUUUUCCAUCUCGGGCCGCCCGUUCUCUUAAUAUUUUUCACUGUCGCGGCGCGUCGCUCUCUGACGUGCGCACGACAAUACCUACAAUAUAAUAGAAAUAAUAACAAUCGUAUUAUUAUAAUAUUGUAUACACUCGCGCGCGGAUAUACACCGCACACGCGGGCGUUGACAUUGACCGGGCGAUUAAAUAAUAAUAAUAAUAAUUAUUAUGAACAACAAUAAGAAAAUCCCAUCCGUUCUCAACGUCAACGCGGAGGGGAAUACCUCUUCGUUUUUAAGAGCGGCACGAUCCGGGAACCUUGAUAAAGUCAUUGAACACUUGAAAAACAAAAUCGAUAUAAAUACAUCUAACUCUAACGGUUUGAAUGCUCUACAUUUGGCUUCAAAAGACGGGCAUUUGGAAAUCGUAAAAGAGUUAUUGAAAAGGGGCGCUAACGUAAAUUCGGCAACAAAAAAAGGAAAUACUGCACUUCAUAUUGCUUCUCUUGCGGGGCAAUAUGAUGUGGUCGUCACCCUUGUGGAACAUGGCGCAUUGGUGAAUGUACAAAGUCAAAAUGGUUUCACCCCUUUGUAUAUGGCUGCGCAAGAAAAUCACGACAGAGUUGUUAAGUAUUUGUUAGCAAAUGGGGCCAAUCAAAAUCUGGCAACUGAGGAUGGGUUUACACCAUGCGCUGUUGCAAUGCAACAAGGUCAUGAAAAGGUAGUAACUGUGCUAUUAGAAAAUGAUACCAAAGGUAAAGUGCGUCUCCCUGCAUUGCAUAUUGCAGCAAAAAAAGACGAUUGCAAGGCCGCAGAUUUACUCCUUCAAAAUGAUCAUAAUCCAGACGUAACAUCUAAGAGUGGAUUUACUCCAUUACAUAUUGCUUCACAUUAUGGAAACGACGGUAUUGCUAAGCUUCUCCUUGCUAAAGGCGCUGACGUCAACUACUCUGCUAAACAUAACAUAACCCCAUUACACGUGGCAGCGAAAUGGGGUAAGAGCAACAUGGUAUCUUUGUUGCUUGAAAGCGGUGCAAAUAUUGAAGCUAAAACUAGAGAUGGUUUAACGGCUUUACAUUGUGCUGCAAGAUCCGGACACGAUCAAGUUAUUGACAUGCUUUUACAAAGAAAUGCUCCAAUCAGUUCAAAGACCAAGAACGGUUUGGCGGCAUUGCACAUGGCGGCCCAAGGAGAUCACGUCGAAGCUGCUAAAGUGCUAUUGUCCAACAACGCUCCGGUCGACGACGUGACCGUAGAUUAUUUGACCGGUCUUCACGUGGCCGCUCACUGCGGACACAUCCGGGUGGCCAAACUCUUGUUGGAGAAACACGCGGAUCCCGAUGCCAGGGCGUUGAACGGUUUUACGCCGUUGCACAUCGCGUGCAAGAAAAACCGCAUCAAAGUUGUGGAGCUGCUACUCAAGUACAACGCGAGCUUGGAGGCGACUACGGAAUCCGGUCUCACUCCGUUGCACGUCGCCAGUUUCAUGGGUUGCAUGAACAUUGUGAUAUUCCUGUUGCAACACGAGGCCAACCCGGACCUGCCGACGGUGAGAGGAGAGACGCCGUUGCAUCUGGCUGCCAGGGCCAAUCAGACAGACAUCAUACGGAUAUUGCUCCGCAACGGAGCUCAAGUGGACGCCAGGGCUAGGGAGAAACAAACGCCACUUCACAUAGCUUCCAGGUUGGGUAACGUGGACAUCGUAAUGUUGCUGUUAGCUCACGGCGCGGCAGUCGAUUCGACCACGAAAGAUCUAUACACCGCUCUACAUAUUGCCUCUAAAGAAGGCCAGGAGGAGGUUGCAUCAGUGUUGUUGGAGAAUGAAGCCUCAGUGACAGCAACCACUAAAAAAGGGUUUACCCCACUACAUUUGGCAUCAAAAUACGGCAACAUUAAAGUCACCAAGUUGCUGUUACAAAAACAAGCUCCAGUUGAUGCGCAAGGAAAGAACGGCGUAACACCAUUACACGUAGCAAGUCAUUAUGACAAUCAAGCAGUUGCAUUAAUGUUACUUGACAAACAAGCAUCUCCUCAUGCCACAGCAAAGAAUGGCCACACGCCUCUUCAUAUAGCGGCAAAAAAGAAUCAGAUGGAUAUUGCAGUUACUUUAUUAGACUAUGGGGCAAAAGCCAACGCCGAGUCAAAAGCAGGAUUUACUCCUCUUCAUCUGAGUUCUCAGGAAGGUAAUGUUGAGAUGACUACUUUACUUUUGAACCACAACGCAGAUCCUAAUUAUAAAUCAAAGAACGGUUUAACACCAAUGCAUCUUACCGCACAAGAAGAUAAACAUAAAGUAGCCGUUGUGUUGGAUAAUUACCAUGCAGAUAUUAAUCCGGAAACUAAAGCUGGAUUUACUCCUUUGCACGUCGCUUGUCAUUUCGGUCAAUUAAACAUGGUUCGGUUCAUAACUGCUCGUCAAGGAGUUAAUAUUAACGCGACUACAGCUUCUGGAUAUACACCACUUCACCAAGCAGCUCAGCAAGGCCAUUCUACUAUUGUAAGCCACUUAUUGGAUAAGGGAGCUGACCCAGAUUUAUUGACAAGUCAAGGACAAACGGCUCUGUCAAUUUCUCAGAAAUUGGGCUACAUAAGUGUAGUAGAGGCUUUGAAGAAUGUUACAAAAGCUGUACCUUCAUCAACUUCGGACGAAAAGUACAAAGUGAUUUCUCCAGAAACCAUGCAAGAAACAUUUAUGUCGGACUCAGAAGAUGAAGGUGGUGACGUUUUGCAAAGCGGAAGCGUCGAGUAUGGUCUCAACACUAGAGCUCAACUAACACAAAAUGUUAUUGUUUCGUCACGCGAGGAGACCAUGAUUAACGAACAGUCGUACAGGUAUUUAACGGGAGAGGAAAUGAAGGGUUUCGGCGACGAAUCAGCUCCCAUCGAUGUCACACGGGACGAAAGGUGUGACGCGAAUACUGUGCCCCCCACAUCCAUCGACGAAGCCCUCAGUCCACAGACCGUCUAUGACAGUUACAGCGGCCCCGUGGAUAACGUCGACAUUGUUAAAUAUCCACCUCACGUUGGACGUUUACAAUGGAAAACGUUUUUGGUGAGCUUCUUGGUGGACGCUCGUGGCGGAGCGAUGCGCGGAUGCCGGCACAGUGGCGUCCGCGUGAUCGUACCUCCCCGACGAGCAUCCAUGCCCACGAGGGUGACUUGCCGAUAUUUAAGACGCGAAAAAUUGGUGCACCCGCCACCACUGAUGGAAGGCGAGUCGUUGGCCAGCAGAAUACUCGAACUCGGUCCCGUGGGGGCCAAGUUUUUGGGGCCUGUUAUGAUCGAAGUACCGAAUUUCGGAUCACUCCGUGGAUCUGAAAGAGAAAUCGUCGUUCUCAGGUCGGAAAAUGGUGAGACGUGGAGAGAGCAUACGGUUGAAGUGACUGACGAAGUCGUCAAGGACAUACUCGGAGCGAAUUUCGAUAAAGAAGACCGCGACCCGUGGCAUUCCGGUAACCGUCUGACGCGGAUCGUGACGACGGAGUUUCCGCAUUACUUUGCCAUCGUGUCCAGAGUCAAGCAAGAGGUACACGCCAUCGGGCCGGAAGGUGGUAUGGUCUCGUCGACGGUGGUGCCACAGGUGCAGGCGGUAUUCCCGCAGGGAGCGCUGACCAAGCGCAUUAAAGUCGGCCUACAGGCCCAACCGAUCCCGUCCGAGUUGACGGCCAAACUGCUGGGAAACCGAGUGGCCGUGUCACCGAUCGUCACCGUCGAACCGAGGAGGCGAAAGUUCCACAAGCCCAUCACGCUCACGCUGCCCCUGCCGCAGGCCUCUUCCAAGGGGAUGAUCAACCACUACACGGGUGAUGCGCCCACCCUCAGGCUUUUGUGCAGCAUCACAGGGUUGUUUCGGAAAAGAUCUCGCAAAGGUAAAGACUUACAGAAAUCAAAUAAAUAAUAAUAAAUGAUUUCA